AAUGGAAUCAGAAUGAUCCGUCACCUAUACACCUAACUCUCAGCCCAUUACUCCACAGCCUGUGAAAAAGUGUUCCUUAAGUUCAUCCACUGAAAAAUCAGUGAAGAACCCGACAAUUCAACAAUCAUCCCAUGUGGGCUUCUUCCAUCUCCCCCCUCUUCUUCAUAUCCUCCUCCUUCCUCCGCCAUUUCCCCCCCUCUCCUCCCACUUUCCCCACAGACAAACCCACCAUUUCCCUUCAUCAUGUGGGAAUCUGAAAGCGACUCCGUCGGUGCUCGAGAUUACGCCAAUGGCGUCCCCCACUCCGCCAAACACGCCCUCAAGACCGAUGGCUUCCAGCUCCGAGGCAACUCCUGGUAUGUUUCCACUGAUAUCCCAAGUGACUUUUUAGUACAAGUUGAGGAUAUGAACUUCCAUUUGCAUAAGUAUCCUCUUCUUUCUAGAAGUGGGAAGAUUAACAGAUGCAUAUAUGAAUCAAGAGACCCAGAUUUGAAUAAGGUUGUUUUGGAUGAUCUUCCUGGUGGGGCGGAGGCUUUUGAACUUGCUGCUAAGUUUUGCUAUGGGAUAGCAGUUGAUUUAACAGCAGCUAAUAUCUCUGGCCUUAGAUGUGCUGCUGAGUAUCUAGAAAUGACAGAAGAUUUGGAGGAAGGUAAUUUGAUAUUCAAAACUGAAGCAUUUCUUAGCUAUGUGGUACUAUCUUCAUGGAGGGAUUCAAUAGUUGUGUUGAAAAGUUGUGAGAAGCUCUCACCAUGGGCUGAGAAUCUACAAAUCGUGCGACGAUGCAGCGAGUCGAUCGCUUGGAAAGCUUGUGCCAAUCCGAAAGGAAUUAGAUGGGCUUACACUGGGAAACCUCCCAAAGUUUCUAGUAGUCCUAAAUGGAAUGAUUUGAAGGAUUCAAGUCCUAGCAGGAAUCAGCUUGUUCCUCCUGACUGGUGGUUUGAGGAUGUCUCAAUCUUGAGGAUUGAUCAUUUUGUUAGAGUAAUCACAGCAAUUAAAGUAAAGGGUAUGAGAAUUGAACUCAUUGGAUCAUCAAUUAUGCAUUAUUCAUCUAAAUGGCUUCCGGGUUUGGUGAUCGAUACGACGAGUGCUGGUGACGAAGGAAGUACCAGCACCACGAGUAACACGAGCAGUGGCAGCAACAGUUGGAAAGGUGGGCUUCAUAUGAUUGUGGCUGGUAACAAGGAAGAUCCCUCGACGAUUCAAGCGAAAGAUCAACGCAUGAUCGUCGAGAGCUUGAUCAGUAUCAUUCCUCCACAGAAAGAUUGUGUCUCCUGUAGCUUCCUUCUAAAGUUACUUAGAAUGGCAAACAUGUUGAAAGUUGCACCAGCAUUGGUCACUGAGCUGGAGAAAAGAGUUGGAAUGCAGUUUGAACAAGCUACACUUGUGGAUCUUUUGAUCCCAUCUUACAGCAAGAGUGAUACAAUGUAUGAUGUUGAUCUUAUUCAGAGGCUGCUAGAGCAUUUUCUUGUUCAAGAACAGACUGAAAUUUCGAGUCCGAGCCGACAAUCAUUUUCUGAUAAACAUAUGAAUGAUGGAUCUCAGAGAGAGACUGCCCCAAAUGCUAAGAUGAGGGUGGCAAGGCUUGUUGAUAGUUACCUAACAGAGGUGGCUAGAGAUAGAAACCUUACCUUGACAAAGUUUCAAGUAUUGGCUGAAGCUCUGCCAGAAUCGGCUCGAACGUGUGACGACGGGCUUUACCGAGCUAUUGAUUCCUAUCUUAAGGCACACCCUACGCUAACUGAGCACGAGAGGAAGCGACUAUGUCGAGUAAUGGACUGCCAGAAGCUGUCCAUGGACGCCUGCAUGCACGCAGCACAAAACGAAAGGCUUCCAUUACGAGUAGUGGUUCAGGUUCUUUUCUCAGAACAAGUAAAAAUAAGCAAUGCAAUUGCGAACUCGUCGCUAAAAGAAGCGACUGAUUCGCAGUUUCAAACGCUUGUAACUAACAGAAAAACGCUGCUGGAAGCUACACCACAGUCAUUCCAAGAAGGAUGGGCAACUGCUAAGAAAGACAUAAACACACUGAAAUUUGAGCUAGAGAGUGUGAAGACUAAGUACCUUGAGCUUCAAACUGAAAUGGAAAGCCUGCAGAGACAGUAUGAGAAGGUUUCAAAGCAGAAGCAGAGCUCUGCGUGGACCAGUGGGUGGAAGAAACUGAGCAAACUGACAAAGAUGUCGAAUUUGGAAACCCCUGAAAAUGAAUCACAGCAUCAAAACAUGGGAGAACAGACUAAAAAAGUACACAGAAGAUGGAGGAACUCAAUAUCUUGAGGAAUAAGUAUCAGGGUGAAAAUGGGAAUUCACUCUCUACUUUUUUUUUUUACAGCAAUCAAUCACCUUCUGCUGGUUGCAAUAGGCUUAUAUAAUUCAUCUGUUUCCCAAAUUUGUAGUGGUCUCUUUUCACUCCUUGGUGAGUUUUGUGCCAUUAUUUCUAAGAUUUUUUACUGGUGAGAGUGGGAGGUUAGUCAUAUGGUUCCUGCAAUUGGUGAAAAAUAAAGCACAUUUCUUUUACUGGUUUAA